CGCAGUGGACUUACGCGCACUCGACUUAACUCGCAUAGUGUGACCUUCGUCGCUCCCAUUGGGUGAAAAUAAGUGAAACAAAAAAAAAAAGACGAAAACAAGGGAACGGGGAGCCGCGCGCACCUCAUGCACAGGCGCGUGAGCGCGCCGAAGAAAACAAAAACCCAAGUUGAAGUUGGACGUCGAAGUCGAAGGGAAACGAACGCAUGAGACAAGUUAUAACCUAACAUCGGACGGCGCGGGGCGCAAAGACAAGACAACAUGUUAUAGUUUCAUUGUUUCGCGAUAAUCGCCCAGCGGACUUAACAGAUAAGCGCAACUAUGACUUAAGUUCGGUGAUAUACGGUAUUUACUAUCGAAAGUGAUGUAAAAGUGAAUCGUGCAGUGUUGUGUUUACUUUUUUUUACAAAAUAAGUAAAUAAAAUCGUAAACAAAAUGCCAAGUAAUAAAUAUUUGGACACCGUCGUCAAGGAGGGUUGCAUGGUGAAACGAUCACAAAACAAGAAACCCUACACAAAAGUCAAUUUCAAACAACGAUGGUUUGUGCUCUCCAACACAUCUUUAAUUUAUUACGACACUGAUAACAAAGAGAAACGCCGCGAGAAGGGACGCAUCUACAGGGAUAGCGUGCACACGAUCGAAGUCGCCGACGAGACGAGCUUCAAAGAGGAGAACACGGUGGCCGUACACUAUCCGUUCCUGGUCGGCUACACGGAAGUCGGCGUCGACUACACCCUCUAUCUGAACGCCCAGUCGGACGUCGAACGGCAGGAGUGGAUCAAGUCGUUGCGCUCAGUGUGUGUCAAUAAUUUAAAUCUCCGCAAGCGCUUCCAUCAAGGAGUGUGGAACAGCAAACGCUGGUCCUGCUGUAAGGAAACGACGAAAUUCAGUACUGGAUGCGGAAACGCCACAUUCUGGACGCAAACCAACCUCACAAUACAAGAGGAUUUAGAACAUAACAAGGAAAAUCAGAAGCAACAGAGUGCUCAGUCAAGUCCAAUUAUGCCGGGUGGUGCGACGCCGGGCACCCCGAGUGCCAAGCAAAAAGAAAAGUCGAUGAUACGGCCGAAGCUCGUCGUCGCAUUGUAUAAUUACAAAGCCAUCGAAACCGGGGAUUUGUCGCUCGAAAAGAAUGCCGAGUAUGAAGUCAUGGACGACUCGCAAGAGCACUGGUGGAAAGUGCGCGACCGCGACGGCGCCAUCGGCUUCAUUCCAAGCAAUUACGUGAAGGAGAAAGAACUAAUUGGACUGCAGCAAUACGAAUGGUACGUGAACGACAUGUCGCGUCAACGUUCUGAAUCGUUGCUGAAGCACGAAGACAAAGAGGGCUGCUUCGUCGUGCGAAAUUCGUCGACGAGGGGCCUCUACACGCUAUCGCUUUAUACAAAAGUACCGCAUCCGCACGUCAAACAUUAUCAUAUUAAGCAGAAUUCGAAAGGGGAAUUCUUCUUAUCGGAGAAGCACUGCUGCACGUCAAUUCCUGACCUCAUAAACUACCACAAGCAUAACAGCGGCGGUUUGGCGUCGCGUCUUAAAACAAGCCCAUGCGAUCGGCCCGCGCCCGCCACAGCUGGUUUAAGUCAUGAUAAAUGGGAAAUCGAUCCACACGAACUUAUGCUCUUAGAGGAAUUGGGUUCUGGUCAGUUUGGUGUGGUGCGACGCGGAAAAUGGCGGGGAUCUAUUGAUGUGGCUGUUAAGAUGAUGAAGGAAGGCACCAUGUCCGAAGAUGAUUUCAUAGAGGAAGCCAAAGUCAUGACAAAAUUACAACACACGAAUCUCGUGCAACUCUACGGCGUCUGCAGCAAGAACCGGCCCAUUUUCAUAGUCACCGAAUACAUGCGACACGGCUCUUUGCUAAACUACUUGCGACGACAUGAGCAGUCAUUAUCCAGUAACCAAGGUCUCCUUCUUGAUAUGUGUAUUCAGAUCUGCAAGGGUAUGGCAUACCUAGAGCGACAUAACUAUAUUCAUCGUGAUCUCGCCGCAAGAAACUGUCUUGUUGGAUCUGAGAACAUCGUCAAGGUGGCCGAUUUUGGACUUGCACGAUACGUGCUCGAUGAUCAGUACACGUCCUCUGGGGGUACCAAGUUCCCUAUUAAAUGGGCACCCCCCGAAGUACUUAACUACACGCGAUUCUCAUCGAAAAGCGACAUUUGGGCUUACGGCGUUUUAAUGUGGGAGGUCUUCACUUGUGGCAAAAUGCCGUAUGGGCGCUUGAAAAACACCGAGGUUGUCGAACGCGUGCAGAAGGGCAUGAUUUUGGAAAAACCGAAGGGAUGCUAUAAGGAGGUGUACGAUAUAAUGAGAAAGUGUUGGAGCCCGCUGCCAGAACAUCGACCAUCGUUCCGCAACCUCAAAGAGCAAUUAAUCAACGUGUCGCAGGGCAUUUUGGUUGAUUGACUGGCCCAGCUGGUGUGCGAAACGGCGACGCGCAGCUCGUCUUCGGCGUCCAGCUGCGACUUGUGCACCCACUAUGAGCAAUCCUGGAUCGGCUUCUGUCAGACGCUGUGCAGGGAGGCGAAACGGCGCGAUCAGCUGCAGCAACAAUAAAAAUAUCAACGCAACUUCCAAAAAAAGAAAUAAGACCUGUGCACAAUAAUAUAAAUCGAAUUGGAGAGAAAACGACAUAUGAAAUACGCACUUUUACGAUUUAUGCUAUUCAUGGUUUUCCAUUGCGGAAGGACCGCUUUCUUCCGAAGCAUUUAUUUGUUGGCAAUCGAAGGAACGAUAACUAAACGACUGAAUUUAUUAAUGAAUUAAUUUAAUACUAUCAAUAUGUACAGCGUCAAUCGAAUCGAUUGAUGCUGCAAGGAUAUUUAAUAUGUAUUUAAGAGAUAAGUUAAUCAACACUUGAAUAUUUCCAAUACCAAUGAAACAAUGUUAAAGCGUUAAAAUGAAAAGUGAAGCCAAUUAAUUAAUAUCAACCAAUUGCAAAGUUGAUUAAUUGCAUGAGUUUUAUCAGUGCAGUUGACCUUUGCAAUUUGAUUAAGUAUUGACCUGAGAUGAUGAUGAAAUCCAUCUUUCUUUUUCACAAGUCACGGAUGAAAUCCAUGAACACCGACGAAAACAAAACAUACACAUAACUUGUAAGAAAUAAUAACUUUUGACGAAUUAUUAUUAAUGAUACUAUGUAAUAAUGAGAUACAUAUUUAAUAUUUUGGUGCCAGUGUAUUUGCAAAAUUUCCAAUGCUAGUCUUUGUAUAUUGGACCAAUUUAUCUAACACACUGAAAACAAAACCAACCAUGGAACAAGUUUCUAGAACAAUCUAAUAUUACAUUCACGAGAAGCGCAGAAAGCGGCCGUUUGAGGUUUCAGCCUCACGACGACUUGAUAAAACAAUCAAUUCAUAAUAGCAAUAGUAGAUCAUCACCAUUAUAAAUGUUUUUCAAGCCCCCGAAACGCAACACUAUGAAUUGAGAACCUUGAAUGAACCGGAAUUUACCAAUACAUCGUAGAUAUUAUAUUAUGAUAUAACUUUUAUUAGAUAUUUGUGUUUUUUGUGACAAUGAUUGACAAAAAUAGGUAGUGUUUGCUAUUGGAGCUUUGUCAAUCUUGAUGCCAAACAUAAACCUUAUAAUUUUGAUUGAUAAUUUUUGUGAUAAUUUUCAAGCUUGUAUUUUGCGAUUUAAAAUAUCACUUUUAUGAAGUAUUUAAUUUUAGAUAAUCGUACGCAUUUCGCUCGAUGGAAACGCCAGUUGUAUUUAAUUAAUUAAUUAGGUAUGUAAUCAAGCAAAAAUGAUGCAAAUGCUCGGAUGCAUACAAAUAAAUUUAGAGAAAUGAUUGAAUGAACGGAACACUAAGUGUAAUUGAGUGUGAAAUGUAAAAAAAAAUGUUUUAAUGUAUAAAAAAGUUGGAAAUUUUACUGAACAGACAAAAAAUGUAACAAAAAUUGGCAGAAAUCAUCCAGAAAGUAAUAAAUAAAUGUGUGCUGAACUUAUAGUCUGUAAUAAUAAUGUGAUAGAAUUAUAAUAAUGAUGAUUGUAAUUUGUAAAUGGGUAGUUGAGAGAACUAUGGCAGGAAACAUCCAAUUGUGGAAACAGACCCAAUGAAAAAACUUAAAGCAAUUUUUCAAGAUCCCAUAUUCAGGCUCACAGAAAAUACAUGAUCACAAUAAGAUAAACAAACAAAAAAAACUUGAAUAUAUCUUUGUCACUCCAAA